UUCUGUAUUAUUGUUCGUGUGCAAUUGAUUUGAUGCACAGAUAGUGUUUUGACUUUCAGGUUAACCAACUUGGUACCUAUUUCCUCUUAUAUUUUGUCUUUAGAGUUUAGAGCUUCGUAUCCCAAGUGCCAUGGAUGAGCAGUUUGAAGCUCAGCAACUUCUCCUUUCAAACGGAAACGUUGAAGCCACUUCUUUUAGGGAGAAAACACCCUUUUUUAGUUCACUUAUCAAAUGGCUUCUCAACAUAGUAAUGUGGGCAACUCUCAUUGUAUGGGUUGCUGUCGUUUUCAUGUAUCCACUAGAGUCAGUUCAGACAUAUCUUGGAACGAUGACUGAAGCCACGGCUGAUUCUUUUCUUGGCUUUACAGGAAGUGUAUUUCUGAUAUUCAGUGGCCCUGUCAUUAUUAUUUCAGUACUUUCUGCGUUGUACCUUAUUCUUACCUCAGGGGAAGACAAGAUUCAAGAGAAAGAGAGAAGAAAAGGAGCAAGUUACCGGCUGCGGACGUUCCCCGUUAUAGUGGAUGGGCCUUUUGGUAUAGUUUCAGCUGGAGAAUUAAUUGUGAUUCUUCUGUUUGUUGUGUAUAUCACGUGGGUUGCUGGUGUUUAUGCCGUCCAGAAACUUAGCGUUAUUUUUCAUAAUUCGGAUUAUACCAUUGACGACAAAUGGUCAUGGACGUUUCGAAUGUCGGCGCGUGGGUUUGGAUUGGCUGGAAUGUUCUGCUUAUCCUUUAUGUUUAUUCCGGUGGCGAGAGGCUCACUUCUCCUUCGGCUUGUAAACGUUCCUUUUCAUCACGGUAUCAGAUACCACAUGUGGUUGGGUCAUCUCUGUAUGAUUCUCUUCAGUUUCCAUGGAUUCUUAUACCUAAUUGGAUGGAUCAUGGCCGGAGAAAUUCCUUCAGAACUAAUAGCAUGGGAACCUACAGAUGGUGCCAAUCUUGCAGGAAUAAUCAACAUUUUCUUUGGUUGGUCAAUUUGGAUAACGUCAAUACCUUUUGUGAGAGCGAAGAAUUUUGAGCUUUUCUACUACACUCAUCACCUAUACAUCAUCUUCAUUAUCUUCUUGGCUAUGCAUGUUGGCAACUUUUUCUUUUGCAUUCCUGCUGGAGCAAUAUUUCUUUUCAUCAUCGAUCGUUUUAUCAGAUUCUUCCAAUCUCGAAAUAUUGUUGAUAUAAUUUCCACAAGAAGCCUUCCCUGUGGAGUUACAGAAUUAGUCCUGUCAAAACCUGCAAGCCUAAGCUACAAUGCCCUUAGCUGUGUUUUCCUUCAGCUUCGAGAAUUAUCUUUCCUGCAAUGGCACCCGUUCAGUGUAUCAUCUAGUCCUCUAGAUGGAACAAAUAGUGUAUCUGUUCUCAUAAAGGCUCUCGGAGUUUGGACAUUUGGACUCAAAGAUACUGUUGAGGCAAGGAAAGCACAAGAGAACCUAAAUUUGCAGCAUGUUAAUAAGCUUAGAGUUUCCCUUGAAGGGCCUUAUGGGCAUGAAUUGCCAUGUCACUUAACGUAUGAAAAUCUUGUUUUAGUAGCAGGUGGAAUUGGGAUUUCCCCAUUCAUUGCUAUCUUGAGCGAUGUUAUACAUCGCAUUAAUGAAGGGAAACCAUGUCUUCCAAGAAAAAUUCUUUUAGUUUGGGCUGUGAAAAGAUCAGAAGAACUUUCUCUUCUUUCCACCAUUAACAUGGCGUCCAUUUCUCAAUUUCCUUUGGAUGAGCUACAUCUAGAGACGCUUUUUUAUGUCACUCGAGAGCAAGAAUCAGAAGUGGAAAAUGGUCUGUUCCUCAAAGCCGGGAGAUCAUCUGUCUCUUCUUUCUCCAGUGGAAAUGUCAUCUCUGGUCUAGCAAGUUCAGGAAAUAAAAUCUGGUUUGGAGCAUACGUGAUAUCUUCAUCAGUUGGCUUGGUAACAUCAAUGAUUUUAUUGAAUAUCUUCUAUAUAACUCCUUUUGGCAUAACUAAUUGGUGGUAUCAAGGGCUCCUACUUUUAGCAUGCAUGGAGGGAAGUGUUGUAAUCUUUGGUGGUGCUGUGAUUGGUUUAUGGCACAUCUGGGAGAAGAGUAAAUCAGUGAAGGAGAGAUCUGAAAACAGAAAGCCAAAGAUCGAUGAGGAACAGAACAAGGAUUCAUUUUUGGAAAAUCUUGCCAGUUCAACUACUAUCAAAUAUGGUUCAAGACCAGACUUCAAAGAAAUUUUUGGAUCUAUAUCUAAGCUGUGGGGUUACCUUGAUGUGGGAGUGAUUGUGUGCGGUCCUCCAACUCUUCAGUCAAGUGUUGCUAGAGAAUGCAGGUCACUUAACAUGUGGAGAAAAUCCAGUGAUCCGAUUUUCCAUUUCAACAGCCAUAGUUUCAGUCUUUAGUUUCCACUUCCAAUCUGUUAUAAACUAAACAAUUGGUAGUUUCAGUCUGUAAUUUCAGCCAUUUGUCCAGAUGAAAACAAAACAAAUGGUAUAUUUACAAAAAUCCAGCAUCCUUAGGAAUUUAUUGCACUUAAAUUAGUAAUGACUCAUGAUGCUGUAAUUAUGACAGAGAAGCAUAAUUUGAAUAACUUCAUUCAGUUAUUAACAUUAUUUUUGUA